AUGGCGUACAAUCAGUCCUACAAUCCAGAUGCGCUGCCAGCUCACGCAGAGCCCGAGCAGGUUGCGCAGAUGCUCGGUGCUAUGCAGACGAGCAGCUCAGCUCACCCACGACCCCCACGACAGUCUUCUCACCAUUCCCCCAGCGGAGUGCCUCCGCGCGUGCCAGUGUCCGGAGCGCCGAGCGCCAACCCGCAGCGCUACCCAGCGCCUGCCCAACAGACUCACCACGGCGGACGAUCGCCGACCGUUCCUGUUCAACAGCGUCCGCACCCAUUACACCCCUCGCCCCCUCCCCAGAACUACGGCUUUGGGCCACCUCCCUCCCAGCCCGUGCGCAAUCGUCCUCCUCCGUCGUCGCGUCCACCGCAAUCCCCACACCCUCCUCCACUCUCGGUCCCCGACGAUGACCCACAGCAGCUGUACCCCCUGUUCCGCGCCGCCAACACCUCGCACUCCGGGGCGCUGACGGAGCUGGAGCUGGGCUCUGCACUGGUGAACGGCGAUUACACCUCGUUCCACCCCAAGACGGUCAAGAUGAUGAUCCGCAUGUUCGACCGCAACAGCAGCGGGACGAUCUCGUUCGACGAGUUCGUCUCCCUCUGGCGCUAUCUGGCGGCGUGGCGGGAGCUCUUCGAUCGGUUCGACGUGGACCGGAGCGGACGGAUUAGCCUGCCCGAGUUCGAGAACGCGCUGGUCGCUUUCGGGUACCGCCUCAGCCCGGGAUUCGUGCAGGUCAUGUUCAUCACCUUCGAGAGCAAGGGGCGGCAGAUGAACGGGCACACCUAUGGCAAACAUGGCAUGAGUUUUGACCUGUUUGUGCAGGCCUGCAUUAGUCUGCGUCGCAUGACCGACGUGUUCAAACGGUAUGACGACGAUCGGGAUGGGUAUAUUACGGUGAGCUUCGAGGAGUUUUUGACAGGUAAGUGCGCACGCAGCCCCCCACGAAGACAGAAAAAAAAAGCGGUAUUGCAACCGACAGAUUGCUGA